UCCAAACCCUCGCAUCUCCAUACAGUAUCACCAGGAUUACAUAUCGAAGACCGAUUAUAUCUGAACAGAAUGACUGCUUGGGUGAUAGUGUGGACAGCAUGCUUAGUAAUGGCUACAGAAGCUGUUCCAUGCCAUCACACCCAUCACUGUUCAGACUGUGACAGAGAGACGGGGGAUUGCCUCUCUGAGUGUGACACUGGGUAUUAUGAUCGACAAUGUAAGUCUACCUGCAGCAGGAACUGUAGGAAUAACACAUGCGUGAUCUCAGAACAUGCUAGCGGUAACUGUACUGAUGGUUGUGUGCCAGGUUAUUCUGGCUUUGGGUGCAGCAUACCAUGUGACAGUCCAGGAGGUAGCUGUACAGCAUGUCCAGGUGGUUGUGAUGGAGGAUAUUGUCAGCUGGGGACAUCCUGUGUGUCUGGAUGUGUAGACUCCUACUACGGGACUGGCUGUAAAGCUGGUACUACAGUGGGACUUUCUGUAGGACUGUCCGGAGCUUUCUUAAUCAUCUUCCUGGUCCUGUGCUGCAAGUAUUGUCAACGCCUAAGGCAGAACAGUGUCACCAACAAAACAGAGAUGUGCAACAACGUUGCCGAGAUGGGUGGCGCCAAUGUACAGGAGCUGGAAUGGUAUACUGAGAUUCCACUGACAGACAUGACCUUGCCUUCUGGGUCAAGGUCAUCUGGAGGGAACCGCGGGGCUGGAGGUGAAGCUGCUGAUGUAGCGGGUGACGUUUAUGACGUUGCAGAUGGAGGACAACGGGGACUUCCUGCUGUUGCUGACAACUUCUACUCCAUGCUUAGAAACAAAUUAUUUUGAAACGGUAUUGAUAUGAGUAAUGACGAUGUUAAUUAUGUAACUCUUCAUUUGAUCUACUGCCCAGUGAAAAUGGAAUCCGCGUCCAUACAGAGUAGGAAAAGUCGGCGUUUUUUAUGCUCAUGGUCAAUGUAUACUAAGACCUGUUGAUUAUAUUAGCUGAUAUCCCUGCUAAACAAUGAUGACUUAGUAGGCUUGCAGCAUUCACUGGUGGUUCUUGGAAAGGUCUUUCGAUGCAUAAUUACAAUGGGAAACGCCUUUCAGGGAAAUUGAUUCGAAACGAAACUUCAGAAGAUUUAAGUAGAAAAGCUCUGCCCUGAUUUUA